AUGACAGCAGUGAUGGACACAGACACAGCUCCGCCUAAUACCACUAAAAAGUCACUCAUUCUCAAUGCUUUCGUUGAAAUGUGUAGUGGCCACCAAUCGCCUGGCUUAUGGCGACAUCCCCAGGACGAGUCCCAUCGCUUCAACGACAUUGACCAUUGGACCCAGCUAGCGAAACUCCUCGAGUCAGCCAAAUUCCAUGGUAUCUUCAUCGCUGACGUUCUCGGAGGCUAUGAUGUGUACAAGGGGCCGAGAAACCUCGAGCCAGCGAUCAUAUCAGGUGCCCAGUGGCCAGUAAAUGAGCCCUUGGCAGUGGUUCCUGCGAUGGCAGCUGUGACGAGUAAUAUUGGGUUCGGAGUGACAGUGACGACAACCUAUGAACAGCCGUACCAUCUGGCGAGACGACUUUCGACCAUUGAUCAUCUGACUAGAGGACGCGUUGGUUGGAAUAUCGUCACCGGAUAUCUCGACUCGGCUGCGCGGAACCUCGGUCACGCCGAACAGCCACAGCACGAUGACCGCUACGCAGUCGCCGAGGAGUACAUAAAAGUAGCAUACAAACUCUGGGAAUCAUCUUGGAGAUCAGACGCCGUAGUCCUUGACCGAGAGCGCGGAAUCUACACCGAUCCAUCGCGCGUGCGAGAGAUCAAUCACGUCGGAAAGUACUUCAAUGUUCCAGGCCCCCACAUCACUCAACCAAGCCCUCAACGAACGCCCGUUAUUCUUCAAGCCGGUACUUCAAAGGCUGGAAAGGCAUUCGCAGCCCAGCAUGCUGAGGCCAUCUUCGUGGCUGGACAUAGCCCUGUGGUCGUGGCCAAGAAUGUUGCGGAAAUCCGCGACCUGGCUAAGACACAGUUUGGUCGCGAUCCCCAGGGCAUCAAGUUCUUGGCACUGCUCUGUCCGGUGUUGGGCCGUACAGAGGAAGAGGCUCAGGAAAAGUUCCAGUAUUAUCGCAGUUUGGGAUCGAUAGACGGGGCACUGGCGCUGUUUGGUGGGUGGACCGGGAUCAAUCUGGACACAUAUGGCGAUGACGAGGAGCUUCGCCAUGUGGAGAGCAAUGCCAUUCGCUCUGCCGUCGACGGCUGGUCAAAAGCCACUCCCGGUGUCGCCAAAUGGACCAAAUCCACAGUUGGACAACAUAUCACUGUCGGUGGCUUGGGCGCAACUCCUGUUGGCACACCGGAACAAGUAGCCGACGAAAUGGAAAGGUGGGUCCAGGAAGCCGAUGUUGAUGGGUUCAAUCUUGCCUAUGCUAUAAAGCCCGGUUCGUUCAAGGACAUCAUCGAGCUUCUCAUUCCCGAGCUUCGCCGCCGUGGUCUAUUCUGGGACGACUAUGCAGUUAAUAAGGGCACCUAUCGAGAGAACCUUUACGGGAAACCUGGGCAAAGUGGGCCCCCGGCUGACCAUCCAGCAGCGAAAUAUCGUUGGAACGCGGGAGUCGAUGCGGCUGAGCAUAAGAUUCCUGACAACUAG